UGAUCAGCGAUGGAAACCAGAAAGCAAGAUACGUGAAGUGCGACCCACCAAAGUUCCCGCCACCAACGACAUCAACAAUGUCGCCGUGACCAACAGAGUAUCGACCUCACCAGCGCAUCUCCAUCAUCGCCGUCAUCACCGUCGUCGAAGAAAAGACAUAAAAGGCCUCAUCUCGCUCCCCAGAAUCACAAUCCUUUCCUUCCAUCAUCCACCGCAUACAGCCUUUCCCAGCAAACCAAAUUCCCAACAAAUCCAACAUCCUCCUUUUCCCAAACCUCCCUUCAAACUUCCCAUCAUCAAAAUGAAGACCGCCACCUUCUUCGCCAUCAUCGCCAGCGCCGCCAUGGCCAGCGCCGCCGCCCUCCCCGAGGUGAUGGUCGCCCGCACCUACGGCACCCCGCCCAAGAACUCUCCUGCCCCCAGCACCGGCGGCCAGUGCUCCGGCAACCAGCACCCAGCCUGCUGCAACAAGAACUCCUUGUUGGCGUUGGACUGCACCUUGGGCGCGGUCUUGGGAACUUGCAAUGGCGUGCAGGCUUGCUGCAACAUUGAGCAGAAUGGAUUGAUCAACCUUGGUGGUCUCUGCCUCCAGAUCUAGAUCUUUUCCUCUC